GCAGCCCAUCCGGCGAGCGUCCUGUCCCCGCAGACGGCGAGCCUGGGCCGACUCUUCUGGGCGGCUGCGUGCACCACCUGGACCUGCUGGUGCAGCUACUGCGCGCCAGCGCGGAGCUGGAGGCGCCGCACGGAGCGCCCUCCAGCGGCGCGGCCGGGGCUGCCGGCGAGGCGCUGGCGAGGAGCAGCGCCGCGCUCACGCAGGCGCUGCACGGCAGCCCUCCUCCUGCCAGGCCGGCCCAGGCGGGUGGAGCAGCAGUUCCGGCCCCGCUAUCACCGCGCCGCGCCGUGUCAGAGCUCCAGUCUCACAGCAGGCGUUCUCUGCGGGCGCGCAUGGCGCCCGCCACGACGAGGCGCACCCAGGCGCUGGCCAGGGCCGUCUCAGAUCCAGACGGGGUCCGCGAGGAGCCAAGCAAUGGCACGGACACUGUCACCGCCAGCGUCGCCCACGACCCGGCGCCUGGUGCGCAGGACGAGUUCGACAUGGAGGCAGACACUAAUGCAGAUGACGCUAGUAGCCCCAGGCUGGUGAGGCUGAUGAGGAGCGUCUCGAUGGAGGCCAUGGAGAAGGAGGUCAGCCUGGACGCUCUCGAGAGGUCGUGCACGAGGGCGACCAUCGAUCCGUACUCGUCGAGGACCAAGCCGGCGAUGGCAGCCACCAGCACGCGACGGAAUUGUCAGCGGCUCAUCGCGAGCCCCACGUUUGAGUGGUCGGUCGCGGCCCUCAUUUUCGCGAAUGCCGUGUUCAUCGGGGUGCAGGUCGACUGGGGCGUACACCACCCAGCAGAGGAACUGCCGCUGGAAUUCCGCGUGCUCGACAAUACCCUCGUGGCGUUUUUCACCUUGGAGUUGCCUCUGCGCAUCGUGGCCGAGGGGAGCGCUUUCUUCAGCCCACGAAGUCCAGAGCUCUACUGGAACACUUUCGACACGACGCUUGUAACUAUCUCCUAUUGGGAGCUCUUGAUGGCGGCCUUCGGCGCCUCGUUCAUCAAAAUGAACUUCGCUCGCCUUCUCCGCUUGAGCAGGCUCGUGCGUGCCAUGCGGGUGAUCAGAAUCAUCAGGUUCUUCUCGGAACUGAGGGUCAUGGUCCUUGCCAUCUGCAGCUCUCUGAGGCUCCUCUUGUGGGCGGGCUGCUUGCUUGCGAUGCUCAUGUACCUCUUCGCCGUCAGCUUCGUACAGAUAGUGGAGACCCAGUUGACCAAUGAUGCGGCAGGCUCGACUGGAGACCUUGUCUUGUACUGGGGCUCGCUUCCGCGCGCAAUUUACAUACUCUACCAGAGCAUCACGAGUGGGGUGUCUUGGGGCGACGCUGCAGAACCCUUGCUAACGAUCUCUCCAUUUCUUGUAGUGGCUUACUCCGCUUACGUCGCGAUCGCACUGUUCUGUGUCUUGAACACAAUUACUGGUAUCAUUGUCGACAAGGCGACCCAUGUAAUCGCGGCAGACGAUGACUGCAGGAUGUGGAAUGAACUUGAUAGAAAAAAGAGAUGGGUGCGCGACGUGAGACUUCUUUUCCAUAAAGCUGACAAGGACGGCACUGGCAAGUUGGAAUGGGAGGGUUUUCAUCGAUUGUUGACGGAUCUCCAAAUGCAGAACAUAUUGAAGUGCCUCGGAGUCGACGUUAUAGCCAUCGAGCCGCGGAUGCUUUUUGAUCUCUUCGACACGGACGGAGGUGGCACAAUCGACAUCAACGAGUUCGCCGCAUCAAUACAUAAGCUGCACGGUGCGGCCAAGGCCAUCGACAUGGCAAGGCUGAAAUUCAAGCUCGUGGGCAUGAACAAGAAGGUCAGGAAUAUCAUGGAAAUGCUCGAAUCCCGUGGCUUCGACCGAGGCCAGCAGCGGAGAAGCACGGUCGUGUCGCGUAUGUCUCGGAGCGUGGACUUCCCCAUUCACGACAUGCUCUAG